UUUAAGAAUUUAAUGAAGUCCAGUAAAAAUAUCAGCUCUGGGGGACACUGGGGAGAAUUACCAGCUAGAGAGACGCAUAAACAGGAAGUUAUCACUCCUGAUAUUAUCGAGAAUAUCUGGAGACAGGUGCUCGAUGACUCCAAUGGAACAGACUGUGAUUACCAGACCGAGAGACAGACGGAAUUCAUACAACUGCCCAUGGAUAAUCCUCACGUCUUGAACACAAUUCAAUUGCACGGUCAACUGAGAUCGAUGGACGAGGGCACACUCAUUCGAGGAGUAUCAGAGGUUGACGAGCAGGAUUAUCCGCAGAUGAAGAAACCAACGAAUCCAUUCAAUUUUCUAUCACCAAGACCAGAGAAGGCAGAGCUGAAGAGUGUCUCGACAGUGCAUCAUUUGAAACCCGCGACAGCGAGGAAUUUACUGAAACACUCGGUCAUCGUCCUCUCAGCACAUUUAGGGUAUCAAACAGCUUCUGACGUUGCCAUUGAGAUCCUUACAGACGUGGCUGACCACUUCCUCAGGAAGAUGACACUGCUGCUGAAGGUUGCUUCUGAACAGAGUGAGCACGGUUUUCCAGAUGACAUGGAACGAGUACUCGUUGAAACUGGCAUCGGUGGUGUGGUGGAUCUCCACGAUUAUUAUCAAAAUUAUGUCAUUCGUCAUGAGAAAGAAAUAAAAAGUCAGGUGGAAGUGGGUAUGGAGGAGCAGAGGGAAAUGGAGCUCAGUGCGAGUGUCAAUAUGGAGCUCGAUGAAGCCGUGAAUAAAAUCCAGUUUGAAGAGCUCGACGAGUUUGGCAACACCUUCAGAGAGGCUCCAACUCUUCAGCUUCUCGAUCCCGACAUGGGCUUUCCCCUAAGUCUCGACGCCGGUUUCCACAUCCUCCAGAGCCUCGAGCACGACGAAUAACAACACUUUAAAUUAAUUAUUUAUUCAUGAGAUUAAUUUUUCUUUUGUAAAAAAAAAAAAUAAAAAAUCCAAUAAAA